AUGAGGUACAUCGUUUCGACCGAGCAGAUCACCGUCCCCGACGACGUCAAGGUCAAGAUCAAGAGUCGCAUCGUCACCGUCGAGGGUCCUCGCGGCAAACUCGUCAAGGAUCUGUCUCACAUCGCCGUCACAUUCACCAUUCCCAAGUCAAACAUUGUGCAGAUCGAGAUCCACCACGGCAGCCGCAAGAAUGUCGCCACCCUCCGAACAGUCAAGUCCAUCAUCCAGAACCUGAUCACUGGCGUCACGAAAGGCUACAAGUACAAGAUGCGCUACGUCUACGCCCAUUUCCCCAUCAACGUCAAUAUUGAGAAGAACUCCGAGACAGACUUGCAGGAGCUUGAGAUCAGAAACUUCUUGGGCGAGAAGAUCGUGCGACGAGUAGUCAUGAAGGAGGGUGUCACUGUCGAGCCAUCGAAGGGUGUGAAGGACCAGAUCGAGAUCUACGGCAACAGCGUCGAGAACGUGUCACAGUCAGCAGCCGACAUUCAGCAGGCGUGUCUGGUCAAGAACAAGGAUAUCCGAAAAUUCUUGGACGGUCUGUAUGUUAGCGAGCGGGGCACGAUUAUCGAAGAAUAA